AUGAGUGGUCAAAUUCAAUCUAUCAAAUAUUGUCGACGACCGAAUGAACGAAAACAACUUGAGAUAAUCAAUCAUUGCUUGAAUAAUGGAAGUGAACAUACUUUCAAAACAUUGAAACGACUUCAGAUAAGACCAGACGUAAUUCUUUCAUGGAAUUCAGGUAUAAUCAAAAUUGACCGAUAUUCGGCAUAUUUGAAUGGAGCUGAAGUUUAUGAGAAUGAGACAGUGUGCAAUUGUUCAAAAUAUGGUACAUUUGGAGAGCAUUGCCAAUAUGAACUGAUUACAGCCAAAGACAGUUUUGAAGCUACCGUGAAACAUCAGUUUAAUUUGAAAUCACAAUUCAUUUUGGGUAGUCAACAUUUCGGAAACAUAACAUGUUACCAUCCACAUUUGAAAUGUGAUUCUGGUUUAUUAUGUUUGGAUUGGAGAAAUAUAUGCGAUAAUAAGCAGAAUUGUCUAGAUGGUACAGACGAAGAAAACUGCGAACAACUUGAAUUUAAUGAAUGUGCACUAGAUGAAUAUCGUUGUUCAAAUGGAAUGUGCAUUCCCGAAGAAUAUUUCCUCGACGGUAACAUACAUAUUUAUUUUGAGUUACAUGAUCCUUGA